AGAAAGGCAUGCUGGGAUAGCUGUGACGGCGGUGUGUUUUGAAGCUAACGUUAGCAGCGAAGAUGCAAAGACCAGUUUACAGUCUAGAUCUGAGUCCCGGUCUGAGACUCAAACUGGUCCGUGCUGGAUUCCGGUUCACGGCAGACCUCCUGGACCUCCAACCGGCGCAGCUCAACGCGGAGGCCGGUCUGUCCCAGCAGGAGGCGCUGGAGGUUCUGCAGUCAGUGCGGAGUGAACGAGGAGGUGAUGAAGGAGGGUCUCUGACGGCUCUGGAGCUCCUGCAGAAGGAGGAAGAGGAUCUGAGGAACAUCGUGACCUUCUGCUCUCAGCUGGACUCGAUUCUGGGAGGAGGACUUCCUGUUGGCAAAACCACAGAAAUCUGUGGAGCUCCGGGAGUCGGAAAAACACAACUGUGUCUGCAGCUGGCGGUGGAUGUUCAGGUCCCUCAGUGCUUCGGCGGGGUCGGAGGUCAGGUGAUCUACAUCGACACUGAAGGUGGCUUCAUGCUUCAGAGGGUUGUCGACAUCGCUGCCGCGGCUGUCCGGCACUGCUCCCUAUUGGUCGAAGACGAUGAACAGCGGGUCGCCAUGGAGACCUUCACUAUGGAAACCAUACUGUCUAACAUGUUUCUGGUGCGUUGCCAUGACUACGUGGAGCUGCUGGCCGAGCUCCACCUGCUGCCGGACUUCCUGUCUGAGCACCCGAGUGUUCGCCUCCUGGUGAUUGACAGCGUGGCGUUUCCAUUCCGGCGGCACUUUGAUGAACUGUCGCAGAGGACACGGCUCCUCAACGGCCUCGCCCAGCAACUUAUCACCAUGGCAACCAGCCGUGAAAUAGCGGUGGUGAUAACCAAUCAGAUGACCACCCAGCUGCGGGGAAGCCAAUCACAGCUGGUCCCCGCUCUCGGGGAGAAUUGGGGCCACGCCCCCACCACCAGGCUCCUCCUGUACUGGGCAGGGCCGCAGCGGCUGGCCGCUAUCUUUAAAUCUGCAGGUCACAUGGACUCCACCGUCCAAUACCAGAUCACCUCUGAAGGAUUCAGAGACGCUGACCAAUCAGAGCAGCCGCAGAGAAAACGCCCCCGAACACACAGCAUCCAAUCAGCUGCCAGCCAGAGAGACAGCAGCUGCUGAUUGGUCGAUUGAGGUUGUUUAUGAACUCUCUUCGGAUUGGUCAGAGCCCAUCAGCCAAUCAGAGGCUAUUUGUUCAGUUUGUGUCCAGCAGGUGGAGAACAGCUAAUUCAGUCUGUAGUUGUGUAGGAACAGCUGAUGUGUUCAUAAAUAUAAACUGAAUUCAGCCUGGUCCUGGUCCUGGUGCUGAUCCUGGUCCUGAUCCUGGUCCGGAUCUUGGUCCUGGUCCUGAUCCUGGUGCUGAUCUUGGUACUGAUCCUGGUCCAGGUCCUGGUUCAGGUGCUGGUCCUGGUCCUAGUCCUAAUCCUGGUCCUGGUCCUAAUCCUGGUCCUGGUGCUGAUCCUGGUCCUGGUGCUGAUCCUGGUUCUUGUGGUUGUCAUUAUUAUUAUAUUAUUAUUAUUAUUAUUAUUAUUAUUAUUGUAAGACCAGGUGUAAAUGUCAUAGAUUAUAACAAUCGUAUUAAACGAUAAACAUACACUGUGUGGAAGGUCUGUUUAUCUUUGUUAAUGAAUGAACGUUAAUAAAACCUGGUGAAUAUUUA